CUCGUCCCCGCCUUCCAACCGCCGGCAUUUUACACCUGUGCGGCGUACCCCUCCUUCCUCCCCUUUCCCGCCCUCAUGGCCAACGGCGACCGCCUCGCCGGAGCACCGUCCCCGCCGCCCAUGCCGCCGCCGCUGCCUCCGUCACUAAGCAGGCCGCCGAAUCGGCCACUGUCGGAGAACCACCUGGCGAUCUCCGUGCCGCUGCUCUCGCUCGCCGGCUCCGGCGCCGACGCAGACGCGCCGCUGGCGCGGUGGCUCCGGCGGCUCGAGGCGUUCCUCGCGGUGUCGGGGCUCUCUGCCUCGACCCCUCUCGGCGUGGCCUUCGCGGCGUCCGCGCUGGCGGUGGUGGGCGUCGCGCUGCCCGCGAUGGCCGUGAGCCUCUCCCCAUGCCGCAAGCACGAGCGGGUCUGCGACGACUUCGAGGUUGAGAUGUUCGAGGUGUGCGUCAUGAUGUCGCAGGCGGCGGCCGCGGCCGUCGCCGUCGCCUGCGUGUCGCGGAAGAUGGCCAUGUACGGCCUCCGCAAGUUCCUCUUCGUUGACCCGGAGCUUGGCAUGCGGAUCCGCUUCCAGAAGGAGUACGUCGUCAGGAUCCAGGACUUCUUCCGAACACUUAUGUGGUGGAUAUUGCCAUGCCUUGCUGUGAAGGUCACUCGAGAGAUGUUCCGCUUUUCCCACAUGUUCCAUCAGUCAAUUUGGAGGUCAUGCAUUGUGCUAUUUGCUUCCAUCAUGUCAUGGAUGUAUUUGACCACAAUUGUGUUGUCUUCCUGCAUGCUUUUCAACUUGGUUUGCAAUCUACAAGUUAUACACUUUGAUGAUUACGGAAAAGUUCUAGAGCAAGACGCGGAUCCUCUAGUCUAUUUGAAAGAGCACCUGCAGCUCCGCCAUAAUCUCUCCAAAAUCAGUCACAGGUUCCGCAUGUUCCUUUUGCUGCUCUUCUUUUCUGUUACAGCAAGCCAGUUCGCCAUUCUUUACAAGACAACAGCAUACAACGGGCCAAUCAAUUUCACCAAUGGUGGUGAUAUAGCUGUAUCUUCAGUUGUUCAAGUUGUAGGCCUUGUCCUUUGUUUACAUGGAGCUGCUAAAAUUUCUCACAGAGCUCAAAACAUUGCCGCAAUAGCUAGUCGAUGGCAUGCUUUAGCGACAUGCUCGAGUGAUUCUACAUACGUGAGCACCCCAAAUGAUUCUGGGAACCUUGUGCCCUUUCCAGCGCAUAUGUUUCUGAGAGAUUACUCGGAAAGUGACUUGGAGUCUAUGGAAAGUGGCUCAAUGCAAGGCAAUUCUCAUAACACAGCUCAAUUGGCAUCUUAUAUGUCUUCAUACCACAAGAGAGAAUCGCUUGUGCUCUAUCUGCUAACCAACCCUGGGGGCAUCACACUAUACGGUUGGAUUGUCGACCGGACAUUCCUCAACACGAUCCUGAUGCUCGAGCUAACCCUUGUGCUGUUUGUGCUCAGCAAGACCGUUGUGAUCCCAGCGAAAACGUUAGUCAACAGUUACAUGAGUUUCCCAUGAAUGGAGUUUGGCGC